AAUCUAGCGAAAGACCUUGGUUUGGGACUGUCUGAGAUUUUCAACCGUAAACUGCGUGUAUCCUCUGAGGCUGAUGAGCAGUAUUUCAGUGUGGAUGCGGGGAAGGGCGAGCUGGUGGUGAAUGACAGAAUAGACAGAGAGGCUUUGUGUGGACAAAGCGUCAGCUGCGUGUUGCCUCUGCAGAUUGUCCUUGAAACCCCCCUAACUUUACAUCGAAUUGAGGUAGAAAUUAAGGAUAUAAAUGAUAACGCCCCCAGAUUUCACUCAAAGGAAACGGCUUUGAAAAUUUCUGAAUCGGCAGCCGUGGGAGCUCGAUUUCGAUUACAGAGCGCAGAAGAUUUAGAUGUUGGAAGUAAUUCGGUGAAAUCGUACACGCUUACCAAAAACGACUGUUUUACGUUGAAAAUGAAGGAGGUUGAGGAUGGAAAAACAGUUCCAGAGCUAGUGUUAGAGAAGCCACUGGACAGAGAGAAGAAAGCAGUUCAUCAGCUUCUGCUGACAGCAUUAGACGGUGGAAGCCCAGUCAUGUCUGGAACCUCACAGAUCACAAUCACUGUGCUUGAUGUAAAUGAUAAUUUCCCAGUAUUUGAUCAAACUUCAUAUAAGGUUUCCUUACCUGAGAAUACUGCAAAGCAUACUUUUGUUAUUAAGGUGACAGCAACUGACGCUGACGAGGGACCAAACGGUGAAGUUAAUUUCUCUUUUGACUCCCGGACGCUUGAUUCUGUCACAUCAAUGUUUGAAAUCAAUUCAGUAACGGGGGAAAUAUAUUUGAAAGGAGAUUUAGAUUAUGAAAAAGACACAUCUUACAAAAUAGAAAUAACUGCAAAAGACAAAGGUGUUCCUGAAAUGGAGAGUCACUGUCGUCUGCAGAUAGAUGUUGUGGAUGUUAAUGAUAAUACUCCAGAAAUUGUUCUCACCUCUGAACCACAGCCAGUGCGCGAGGACGCACCGAGUGGCACAGUGGUGGCUUUGCUCAACGCACGUGACGCGGACUCGGGUGAUAACAGCAAAGUAACACUGCAGCUACCCAAAGGUUCUCCUUUUACUCUAAAACCAUCAUUUUCUAAUAAUUAUGCACUGGUAACCAAGGGUGUUUUAGACCGAGAGAGUUUCUCUCAGUAUAAUAUUGAGAUCACAGCCACUGAUUCAGGUUCUCCUCCUCUGUCCAGUAAGAAAACUAUUCCUGUUACUGUCGCUGAUGUGAAUGACAACCCUCCUGUAUUCAGUCAGUCCUCCUAUAAUGUAUAUUUAAAAGAGAAUGGAGUUCCGGGAUCUAUACUGUUCUCAGUAUCAGCCUCUGACCUGGAUUUUGGAGAAAAUGCUAAAAUCUCUUACUCUAUACUGGACUCUAAAGUGCAGGACGUUUCUGUCUCAUCGUAUGUUUACAUUAACUCAGAUAACGGAAGCAUCUACAGCAUGCACUCGUUUGACUAUGAGAAACUCAAGGUGUUUCAGAUUCAGGUUCAGGCAAAGGAUCAGGGCUCUCCGUCUCUCAGCAGCAACGCUACUGUCCAUGUUUUUAUCCUGGACCAGAACGACAACGCACCCGCUGUUAUUUACCCCUCCUCCGCUGCCAUGGGCUCCCUCGCUCAUCAGCGGAUGCCACGUCCCGCUAAAGCGGGUCACCUGGUUACCAAGGUGACAGCUGUGGACGCUGACUCGGGCCAUAACGCCUGGAUCUCCUACAAACUGAAGGAGGCCACAGACGCGUCUCUGUUCACUGUCAAUCUGUACACAGGGGAGGUGAGGACUAAACGCGCUGUGUCCGAGCAGGACGACUCCUCUCAGAGGCUGCUUAUAGAGAUCAGAGACGACGGGGAACCGGCACAGUCCUCCACCGUCACGGUGUCCAUCCUACUGGAGGACGGUCUCCAUGAGCCCAUCUUAGACCUGCGACAGAAGGUAGCAGAGCCCAGCAAGAAAAACGGGAGAAUCGCCCUUUAUCUGAUUCUCUCUCUGGCCUCGGUGUCCGUGCUGUCUCUGUUGACUUUUCUCAUCUUAGCGGUUAAAUGCAUCAGGAACAGCAGAAGCAGUGGUAGUUGCUGCAUGAGACGCGGCGACUGUGAUGAUUACAAGAACCCCAACAGAAACCUGCAGAUUCAGCUCAACUCUGAUGGACCCAUAAAGUACGUGGAGGUGCUGGGAGGAGACAUGUUGUCUCAGAGUCACUCCUUCAGGUCCUGCAUGUCUCCAAUGUCAGAGUACAGUGAUUUCACUUUGAUUAAGCCCAGCAGCACCACUGACUUUAAGGAGGUGAUCAGUGUCCUGGAUGCGUCUUUACCUGACAGCACCUGGACCUUUGAGAGCCAGCAGGUGAGCAGAAAUAUAAUUGAACUGCUGUGUAAUCUAUAUCACAAGUCACAAACACUUGCGAUUUUAUAUUUUACCUGCAUGUGUAUAGUUUGGUAUUUGUAUGUGUUUUUUACUCGUGAUACUACAUUGUCAUAUUUUCUUUUCUUUACAAAUAAAUAUUAUACGUUUCAGAAUAUAUCAUAAGGAUAGUCAUUACAU